AUGUCACUGAUUAUUGGCCAACCAUCUCCAUGUUUCCAAAAAGAAAACUCAGGAGUAUUAGCUUCUACACCAUGCUUUCCUUCGCCAAAAUUUGCUUCUUUCAAUCUUGCAUGUUUAUAUAUUGUUUCUCUGGCAUCAGUUUCCAAAUCAGUAUUUGCUCCGAUAUUUGCCUCACUCAAUUUUAUUGCUGGAAUUCAUUUUGUAAUUUCGGGCGAUCUUUCUGUUGGUCAAGUCGUUGGGACAUUCUGCAUGAGCUAUAUUGCUCAUUUUUAUUCACAGCGUAUUCCUUUCUGGUUUUUACACGUAGAAAAUAUAAUUUUCCCAAUUUUAUAUACUAUUAUUUUUAUUGUAGAAAAAGACAUAUUUUUCCAUGAUACGAUUGCCCUUGGUCGUGCAAUAACAACACUAUCUCUUUGGAUUGCUGAUUGUUAUAUGCUAGGAAGAUACCACUUUACAAGAGCUGGAUUCGUUUCGGUUGGUAGACCCAUAGACCUUGAAUAUGAAGCAGAUUCUAAAUCAAAUGCUUAUUUUAGUAUUCUUUCAUCAGAGGAAGAGGAAGUUUUCACUUUGAACCUCAAAAAAGACUUGAUUGAUUCUUUCGUUGCAACAUUUUUAUAUUUGAUAGGAUUAGUUGUUAGAUAUGCAGUCAUUGCAAAGUACGAAGCAUCCUCAAAUGAUUUGAUUUGA